UGCGUGCGCUCGGGCUGACAUUCGGGCUUCGGCCCUCUUUGUUUGGAGCACUGAUUACACAGCACGCGCCUAUCUCUAGGCCAGAUUGGCCGUGAGUCCUAUUUCACAGUGAAGAGGUCAAUUUGCCUUUCAAACAAAAACGGGAUAUCCAGCGUGGGCAGACGUUCCCGUGGCUAUUGUGUACCAAGACCAGAACCCUUCUUAUUACUUUUGUAUUUAGUGAGAUGUCUGAUUUAUAACUCCAGUUAAACUGCCGAGACAGAUGCGUGUCCAAAUAAAUAAAUUCGUACCAAAUAAUGUUUAUUUUCAAGAAGUCUUGCCUUGUUUGUGUAAAAUAAUAACACUGCUUAUCGAAUAUUCGUAGGUAGGGCCUAAUGCCAAUGUCACACACACACACAUGUUGUUAUAUUGUUCCUUGGAGGUUCGUGCGUAAAGCUUGAUUUUGGCUGGGGGAAAGUCCCAUUAAACCACAAUAGCCUACAACAACAUGUGUGUGCCAUUGCUUUACUAUUGCCACUGACAUCACUUGCUGCCCAAGUUUUUAGAUUUUCAUUUUGUUGUCUUUUAUUCUAUUAAUGCAAAUAACCCCUUGCAACUUCGUUGUUGCCUUCUCAACCGGACCCCUCCAGUCCAGUCCCCGUCUUAAUUCACAAUUCUGACGAUUGUGGCAGUGACGGACAUAUCCUUUUGGCAGCUCCGUGGCCCGCAAAGGACAGGCACAAAGCCGUGGCACGUGUGCAUUUGUAUAGAGAACCAUUAAACCGUAAAAAGAGGAGGGCACGGCGUGUGCCUCUGUCGGGGAGUGGCCGAGCGCACACAUUAAUGUAAUAAACCGCAAGUACAUCUGCUAAGCUAUCUGCACAUACUUCAACGAAAUCCACCAAACGCAGGCUUUGAACCCUCCCACAUCCAAAUCCACUGGGAUCUUCGUUUCGUCUGAUUGGUUGAGGAUUCGGCAACAAGGGGCGAGAACAAUAGCAUCAUUCCGGCAUAAAAAGAGUGCAGCUAUGCCUUGGAGACGAAAACAUUUCAGCAACACAGAGAUCAAUAGCUUUGCGAAAAUAUAAGUUAGCAACUGAGGCUCCUGGCGUGACUGUAAUUCCACAAACCUGGAUAUCAUCCGAGACUUCGCCCACCUCUCCAAAGUGCCUUUCUGUCAUUCGCAAAGAUGCCCAAAGGAUUCCUGGUAAAAAGAAACAAGAAAUCAGCACAUGUUUCCUACAGGACUCGCACAGAUGAAUAUGAGCAGGAGCAUCACAUCCCAGCGUUUCAGAGUCAGGUGGACUCAUCUCCGCCUGUCUCUGUUGCGUCCAGUCCGGACCGCGCAGCUCCAUCGCCGGACAUCGCAGCAGACGCCCCGGUCCCCAGUCUGGAUGCUAAAGGGGUUCAGUUUGGCAACCCCGAGGCGGUGUACCAAGCCCUCUACAGCCCCACCAGGCCCAUCAGCAAGGACCACGAGAGGAAAUAUUACGAAAGAAGUUUCAAUCUAGGUUCGCCAAUUUCUGCUGAGUCAUUCCCGACACCUGCCUCCCUCAGCAGCUUAGAUCAUAUCCUGUUCGCCCCCGUGGAUUUGAAAAUAGGCACUAGCAACAGCAACCGCAGCGGCACCACCAGCAGCAUCCCUGCUACAGCCAUCAGGGGCGGCACCAAGAGACCCUCAUCCGACACUGAGCGCAAGAGCAAACCUGCCUCCAAGAAACCCAAAGCCAUCAGAAAACUGAAUUUUGAAGACGAAAUGACAACCUCUCCGGUACUUGGUCUGAAAAUCAAAGAGGCUCCUGUCGACUUUAAACCCAGAACGCAGACAUCGGCAGGUGGGAAGCCUUUAGGAGAGUUUGUCUGCCAAUUGUGUAAGGAAGCAUACGCGGAUCCCUUUUCUUUGGCCCAGCACAAGUGCUCUAGGAUAGUGAGAGUUGAGUACAGGUGUCCUGAGUGCGAUAAGAUGUUCAGCUGCCCGGCUAACCUCGCCUCUCACCGGCGCUGGCACAAACCGAGAGCGCAGAGUGCAGCCGGGAUACCAUCUACCCCGAGCAUCAAAUCUGAAAUCGCUAAAAUUCCCCCCGGUGUCAAGUCCACCCCGGAGGAAGCCAAAGAUCCAAGAAUCGAGCUACUGAGUGACAGAGACACCCCCAGCCCGGGUAUGUCUGAAUCGGGCUCAGAAGACGGUUUAUACGACUGCCAAUACUGUGGGAAGAGGUUUAAGCGCCAAGCAUACCUAAGAAAACACAUCCUGGGACACCAAGCCUUGCAGAAUAAAAUGUUCACGGACCACGCGUUUAAAAACAGCGACAGAGUGGAAGAGCCGGUGCCAGUGUCCGCCUUAUCCUCAGAGGAAAAUACAAACCAAAGUCCCCUGAAUCUAAGCCCCGUGGACUGCCUUCUCUGCCCCGUUUGCGGGGAGAAUUUCCCCAACAGGGCCAGCCAGGAGAGACACCUGCGUCUCAUGCACUCCUCCCAGGUGUAUUCCUGCAAGUACUGCUCUGCCACUUUCUACAGCUCACCGGGACUCACGAGGCACAUCAACAAAUGCCAUCCGUCGGAAAAUAGGCAGGUGAUCCUGCUUCAAAUGCCCGUGCGCCCCGCUUGCUGAACAGAAGAAAAUGCGUGCCCUCGACCCGAGCAAAGGGAGAGUUGAAAAAAAAAAGUUAAUUGCCUACAGUUCUAAAAGACAGGGCAACUUGAUGUUUAGAUUGUGUGUUCGAGGAGAGGUGUCCUAUCCAUGCCAAUCAGAUGGUUGUUGAAUGCUUAUCUAUUUCUUGAAAUAAAAAAUAGGCAUAUAUUUUGAGAUCUCUCUCAAAUUAGUUUAUCGAAAGAAAACAAAGUGUUAGUUUGACUGUUAAAGGUAUUUUUCUAGGACAGCUGCACACGUGCUCAAGUUGCCUAAUAGCUUCUAGACCUAAGAACUGUUUCAUUUUCUAUGGGUAUUUUCCCUCAUAAAAGCCUUUUAAUUCACCGACUGUGAAUUUCUGUUUCUUUCAGCUUUAUGUUAACUUAUGAAUCACAGGACAGACUUAUCAACUUUGUCUUAAAAACGUACAAAUAUCGAAACAUUCCCUUUUAGUAGAACCACAAAUGCCUUUAGAAUAUAGCCUAAACACAUCUAAACUCUGCUGUACAACUGCCUUAAAAAAGUCAACAUAAUGAUUGUUUUAAUUUUGAAUGCUGGCACAUAUUUUAUUAUUAAUUGUUGCAAUAUUGUUUCGUCAUAAUACUUGUAUUUAUUUAUUUAUUCUAUUUGCAAUUCUCUUAUGUAAUUUAUUGUUGUGUUGCGUGAUUAUUCUGUGUCAUUCUGGCAGUUCACAUGUCGUAGCCAAAUGUUUUGUCAAAAUUAUGAGUUGUGAUAAUUAUCGUGGAUCGGUCUAAAUCUUCAAUCUCCACAGCUCUUGUAAAACGUAAAGCUCUUACCUUAGAUGCAAUCUUUUUCUAUGAACAUGUUUAUUUUCUUAAAUGUUGGCUUUUAUAGCGCUUUGAUUGUAUGUGUACACUGUUGUAAUCUAUCUAUC